GAUGUCUAUUAUUAAUAACAGGGAACAUGGAAACAGUUCCUAUUUUUGUUCAUCAUGAUGGUGAAUGGAAUGAAACAAUGGAGUAUGUGAAUUUCAAUGUCUUUGGAAUUACUUUAGCUACAAAUAGUUCUUAUCCUGAGUUGAUUGCAAAGAUAGGAGACAGGAUUGGAAUAGAAAGACAAUCAACUGCACUGAUAAUUCAAUACAAAGUCAGAGAGAAUUAUCCACCAUUGAUGAUACAAGAUAACUCAGCACUGUUGUUUUACCUACACCUUAAGAAACAAGAGAUGGAUGUCACCAAAUUCCCUCUAUGUAUCAGCCUUGCUGAUGUACAUGAAGAAACAACUUGCAACAUAUUUCUUGGGCGAUAUCAACAACAAGAAACAAGUAGCAUGCAAGUAGUGACAAUGUCUGAACAUAGUUCAACAAUUAGUGAAGAGUUGGACAUUAAUGGUUUUAUAUUAGCUUGGGCAAAUAAAACCAGUAAAGAACUACUGGAACAAAAAUGUGUUGAGCUAGCAUCAACAAAUUGCAUUAAAAGUGAUGUAGAUCCUGAAGAAGGACUGAUUUACAUCAACAGGGAUGAGUUCAGGAAAGCACUUAAGAUGUAUGCUAUCAAAAAUCACUACCAGUACAAGGCACAUAAGACAAAUAAAAAGUAUUUUUCUGCAAAAUGCUUGCAUGAAAAGUGCAGUUGGGAGAUAAGAUCAAAAGAAACUGGAACCUUGGGAAGGUUCAUUGUCGUGAAGUUUAUAAAAACACAUUCUUGUAGAUUGGAUGUCAGAUUAACAGAUCAAAGACAUGCGACAUCCAGUUUGGUAGCAGACUGUAUUAAGUCUAAAUUGGUGGAUCCAAAAACGUCAUAUAAUGCAAUGGAUGUACAGAGAGAUCUGUUAGAGCAGUAUGGCAUUGAAAUAAGCUACUUAAAAGCGUGGAGAGCAAAAGAAAAGGCACUAAUUAAGCUAAGAGGAAAACCAGAAGAGUCCUACAGGUUUCUGCAACAAUUCAUGAGUAUUGUUAAACAAACAAAUCCUGGAUCUUUUCUGCAAAUCAAACUUAAUGAAGACAAUACUUUUUUAUAUGGAUUCAUGGCAAUCAAAGCAUCAAUACAUGGCUGGAAAUUCUGCAGACCGAUCAUAGUAGUUGAUGGCACAUUCCUGACCGGGAGAUAUGGGGGCACACUGUUAACAACGUCAACACAAGAUGCAUGUGGGAAAAUAUUUCCAUUAGCAUUCUGUGUUGUUGAUUCUGAAAAUGAUGAAUCUUGGAAAUGGUUUUUCUUGAAUAUUAGAGAAGCUUUUGGUUAUAGGAAUGGAAUGGUGAUUGUUUCUGAUAGGCAUGAGAGCAUUGCUAAAGGUGUCAUAGAAGUAUAUCCUGAAUCUGGACAUGGGAUAUGCAUUUACCAUUUGUUUAACAACCUCAAGACAAAGUUCAAAAGAAAAACAAAAAAAAUGAAAGAUAAUUAUUUUGAAGCAGCACAAGCUUAUACCAGGGAGGAGUUUGAUUGCCACAUUGAGGAACUGAAGAAGAUUGAUGAGGAAAUAGUUCCAUAUCUGUACGGUGUUGGGUAUGAAAAAUGGACCAGAGUGUUCUCAAUCUCCAAAAGGUACUCAACCAUGACUUCAAACAUAGCAGAAUCAGUAAAUGCGGUACUGAAAAAGAUAAAAAAAUCUGCCAAUAACCGCUUUGCUACAGUUCUUACACACAUUGGUACAAAUAUGGACACAUGUAAACAGAAAUGGUGCAAGAAAUACAUUCACAUAACUUGCAAAAGUUCCUCAUGAAACUUUAGAACAGAACUACAUCAAAGACAUGAAACUGAAGGUGGUUCCUUCUAAUGAGGUGAUAUUCAGUGUUUAUGAAAUGAACAGAAUCUUCAUUGUUAAUCUAGAUGACAAAACGUGCACUUGUAGAAGGUUUCAAAUGGAAGAAUUGCCUUGUAUGCAUGCACUGGCAGUACUAAAAAAGAAAAAUCAAGAGCCGUACAGUUUUUGUUCAUCUUACUACACAAAGAAAACAUUGUUGCAAACUUACAGUGAGACACUGCAUCCUAUUCCGGAUCAAAAAACAUGGCAAGUGGAUAUGUCAGACCCAAUUUUGCAAGUUUAUCCACCACAUGCAAGGAAGAAGGCGGGAAGGCCGAAAAAGCAGAGAUAUAAAGCACACUGGGAGACUACCACAACAAACAAAUGUGGGAAGUGUGGAAAGCAAGGACAUAAUAGAAAGACAUGCAGGAAUGCACCGCAAAAGUAGAUACUAUAGCUAGUUUGAGAACUGUUUUAGUAAUUUUUGUAUCUAUCAUUUCUGUUGAAGUUCAAUUCAAAUGUGCAUGAACACUAUUAGUAUCAAUUUUAUAUGACUGUGUUUGAAUUCUAUAUGACUGUGUAUUCAUUUUAUAUUUUUUAAGUACAAAUCUCGAAUUAUGUAUGAGACCAG